CGCUGUGCUAGCGCUCUUUUCAAAGGUCGGUGUGACCAUAGAUAUAUAUGGGUGUGACCACCGUACAGGCUGCAAGUAACCUUUUAAACCGCACAAAAAAUGAUGUCCCUGCCCGCUCGUUUGGGGGCUUUGUCCCCUUACCUGCAGGCUUGUGGUCCGCUGAAAGCAUUGCUUCCCAGAGCAGUGAACACAGAAGUGCUGAUGAAGCCUGCUGUGUGCGGUCAUUUUGGAGCACGUCUCGCUCACACCGACAUCAAAAUCCCUGACUUCUCUGACUAUCGGCGUAUUGAAGUGUUGGAUGCUGAAAAGUCCUCUCAGGAGAGCAGCAAUGCUAGACGGACCUUCUCUUACCUGGUGACCGGAUCCACUGCUGUGGUGGGUGUCUACGCUGCAAAAACAGUCGUGACCCAAUUCGUGUCCUCGAUGAGUGCCUCUGCUGACGUCCUGGCCCUGUCCAAAAUCGAGAUCAAGUUGUCUGACAUCCCAGAGGGGAAAAACAUGACGUUCAAGUGGAGAGGCAAGCCUCUGUUUGUUCGUCACAGAACAGAGAAGGAGAUCGCAGCUGAGCAGAACGUCGAUCUGUCAGAGCUCCGGGACCCCCAGCAUGACAGAGACCGAGUCACCAACCCCACCUGGGUCAUCGUCAUUGGUGUCUGCACUCAUCUCGGCUGUGUCCCAAUUGCAAAUGCCGGUGAAUACGGCGGGUACUACUGCCCCUGCCACGGGUCACAUUACGAUGCUUCAGGAAGGAUCAGGAAAGGACCCGCACCUCUCAACUUGGAGGUGCCUUAUUAUGAGUUUCCUGAUGAGGAUACUGUAAUUGUUGGAUAAACAAUGGACAUUUUCUCUGUAUGCUUUUAAUGUCUGGCCAAAUCGAAAUAUUGAUAAAUAUAUAUUUUAAAGCAACCAACAUCUAUUUUUGAGGCUUCUGAUUGGGCAAGCAAAUCUUGGAUACAAAUUAACACAAACAGUCCUAUCAGACCAAAAAAAAAAGAAUUUUAAUUAAAUAUUUUUUAAAAGGCAUUGAUUCAACGAUAUCAUUCACAUAUGUUCUAUAAUGCACAAUCUGUUCACAAAGUGUUCUGAAAAUAUGGCACAUUAAGUCAG